GGCCCCGCCCACGGGCCGUCUGGCGCACGCGCGGGCAGCAACGGCGAGUUGGCUGGUCGUGCGGGCGGCAGCGCCAUGGGGCUGAGACGGGUGCGGGCGGUCUUCUUUGACUUGGACAACACGCUCAUCGACACGGCCGGUGCGAGUCGGAAGGGCAUGUUGGAGGUGAUAAAACUCUUACAAUCAAAAUACCAUUAUAAAGAAGAGGCUGAAAUCAUCUGUGACAAAGUUCAAGUUAAACUCAGCAAGGAAUGUUUUCAUCCUUCGAACACAUGCAUUACUGACCUAAGGACUUCACACUGGGAAGAAGCAAUCCAGGAAACAAAAGGUGGUGUAGCCAAUAGGAAAUUGGCUGAAGAAUGUUAUUUCUUGUGGAAAUCUACACGUUUACAGCAUAUGACGCUAGCGGAAGACAUCAAAGCCAUGCUCACUGAACUUCGGAAGGAGGUCCGCCUACUUUUAUUAACAAACGGAGAAAGACAGACCCAGAGGGAGAAGAUUGAGGCUUGUGCCUGUCAGUCCUAUUUUGAUGCUAUCGUUGUAGGUGGUGAGCAGAAAGAAGAGAAACCGGCACCUUCCAUAUUUUAUUACUCCUGUGAUCUCCUGGGAGUACAGCCCGGGGACUGUGUGAUGGUUGGUGACACACUAGAAACCGAUAUACAAGGAGGCCUCAAUGCAGGACUGAAAGCAACAGUCUGGAUAAAUAAAAAUGGAAUGGUGCCAUUGAAGUCAUCCCCCGUGCCACACUAUAUAGUUUCCUCUGUCCUAGAGUUACCUGCUCUCCUACAGAGUAUAGACUGCAAAGUCGGCGUGUCAGCUUAAAGCACAGAAAAGGGGCAUGCUUACAAAUUUUAGGGUCAAAUUACAGGGUGUGAACUAAGAAAAGUUAAGGCAUUCUGUAUACUGUGACCCAGUACUAGGAAUAAUUAUACUUGUCAUUUAAUGACCAACCGACCAUUGACUGGUAUUUAUAUCUAAAAACCCAGAAUACAUUAAUGCAAGUUCCUUUUAGUAUUGUGAUCCAGAAAACUUGGGGAAGUGUAUGUGUUAAUCUAUGGCUAGAGGUUUUUUUAAAAAAUAUAUUUUAUUAAUCUUUUAGCAUCUUGGAUCCAUGAAGAUACCAAGGGGCUAUCUCAUACAUGGAUGCACAAUAUAGUUUUUAUGUUUUGGCUUAAACAUAUAUAUUUUUUGGAGUUCUCUUAAGGCUCAGUGGGUUAAGGAUCCUGUAUUGUCACUUCAGUGUUGCAGGUUUGAUCUCUAGCCUGGGAACUCUGCAUACCACAGGUGCAGCCAAAGAAGAAAAAAAUAGCUAUUUUUAAAAAAUAGAUAUCCUAAAAUAUAUAUAAUAGAGAUUUAUUAGAGCAGUUGGAUCUGGUUAAUAUGAAGUAAAUACCAAGUCACAUGCAAAUCAAGGCAUUUCAUAGUGAAAUAAUUUUCAUGGCAUUCCCUUCAUGGCUCAGCGAUUAACAAACCCAACUAGGAUCCAUGAGGUUUCAAGUUCAAUCCCUGGUCUCGCUCAGUGGGUUAAGGAUCUCACCAUGAGUGUGGUGUAGGUCGCAGACUCAGCUCAGAUUCCCCGCUGCUGUGGCUGUGGUGUGGGCAGCAGCUGUGGCUCCAAUUGGACCCCUAGCCUAGGAACUUCCAUAUGCCACAGGUGUGGCCCUAAAAAGCAAAAAAAAAAAAAAAAAGAUUUUUUUUUCAUAUUUUCUGUUUUAAAAUAGUGCACCAGGAGUUCCUGUUGUUGCUCAGAGAUAAUGAGCCCGACUAGUAUUCGUGAGGACUCGAGUUCGAUCCUUGGCCUUGCUCAAUGGGUUAAGGAUCAGGUGUUGCCAUAAGCUGUGGUGUACAUCGCAGAGAGGCUCGGAUCCCAAGUUGCUGUGGCUGUGGUGUAGGAGGGCAGCUCCACUUAGACCCCUAGCCUUCGAGUUUUCGUAUGCCGUGGGUGCAGAUCUAGAAAGACAAAAAAGGACCAAAAUAAAUAACUAAAACCACGCACCAUAUUUUUGCCUAUUUUGAAUGUAUAUUUCUCUAAUGAACCUAGUUUUUCUGCAUUACCUUUUAGGGGUGGUAAUUUUCCUAUGGCGUGUAUAUGACCAAUAAAUUCCUCCAGUAAAAAAAGUUGUUAAAAUCAGCAUAUGGUGCUCCUUUUCCAUUACAUUUUCACAUCUUUCCAGACUGAGUUUACAGAUUCUGUUAGUCUUUACCUCUUAUGGAAGUACUUUUUUUUUUCCUUCAUUUUUUAAGUUUUAUUCAAGUAUAGUUGAUUUACAGUGUUGUGAUAAUUUAUGGAAGUAUUUUUAUUCUCUUUUCCAAAAUAUGCAAUGGGUUUGAGAGGCUAGUCUGUCUUGCUGUGGAUGAGCACGAGCCACAUGGCACCAGAAGUCAUUUUCCUUUUGUGGCCACAUCAGAGAGGAAUUGCCUAAUCAUACUGCCCCCAUCUUUUGUCUACUGACUGAAUAAUUUCACCCAUAUGAUGAACACUAAUAGAAAAUUAGGUUUUGCUCUGAAGCAUUUCCAGAGUGCCAAUUUAAUAACCUGACUAGCUUUUUAGUAUAACCAUCUGCCUUAAAUAUGUUUUUUCAAAUGUUUCGAACUACAUCAUUAUUUCACAAAUUUCAAUAUCAACUUACUUUGUGCUUACUAAUUAAUGUCUCUAUAGUGAGGCAUCUCGCAACUAGAAAAUUUUCUCAAGACCAUUAGGCUAAAAAGGCUGUCGUAAUUUCACCAACCAAACUUAGAGUAAAAUGGUUAACAAAAGAAAUAACAAUUUGGGUUCGGUUUUGGUGGUUUGUUUUUUUUUUUUUUUUAACUUUUCUAUAGGAAAUUACUAAUGUAAAAUGUUAAGGUUUUUUGCUGCGAUAUAUAGCUAUGGCUCCUUCAACUACUCUACCAAGAACAAGAUUCUUUGCCACUGUGCAUAUAUAUGCCUGUUGUGCUGACUCUUCAUUUUUCGAAAUGUAAUUAUGCACUUGACUGUCGAGGGUGCUGUUGCUCUGAAACUGAAUGUUUGAACAGGGAAUGUUUGUGUAUCGCUUUUCCGGGUAUGGUGCCCAUGUGACCUCAGUUGUAUUUUAGCUCUUUUUAAAAUUAAGUUGGAGAGUCUUGACAAAAGCACAGUUGUGUGCAUGGAUCCUCUGAUGUGUGAUGCUCAGGGCUUGUCCUUCAACUCUCCUACAGGACAGGUCUCAGCACAGCAUGUUCAUUAUGCUCACUGAGAAGCUUUAUUGCUCCAGGAUUACAGCAGCAAUCUCAGCAAGAAAACACCUAGGAUGUUAAGUGAGCAGUUCUUCAGCAAAUGUGAUCUGGCAGGGAAUGAAAUUGAGUUUCCUGGUCCUCGGUUUGUGUUCUGGACAGUGCAGUAAUGCAAUAUUACAUUCCAUUUGCACCCUUCCUUAGGGAAGAACUUUGUGGUUUUCUGCCUUCUGAGUGGAAUGUUAUAGAAGAUAUUAAGAAAUCUUGGAAUAGACAUUUUAUUAAUGUUUUUGAUUUAGAAUAUUUCUUAAAAAUUAAAAAAUGGUGUAACACUGG